CGGGCAAAUCUCUCCGAAUGCGGGCGCAUGUCAAUCACCGGGCUCUCAUGUGAUGGCUCUUGCCGGUGACGUGCCAGCCAUAUGGGCGCUGGCAUCACAGCCUUAGCUGGUAUGUAACCUCGUCCCCGGUAGCUCACGGUUGCCACACGCGCACUCACACACACACACACACAAACAUACACACUCACACAUGCAUGCAUGCAUACAUGUACUUACUCUCUCACGCAUAUACACUCAGAGACGCCGAGACGCACGUUCGUUCACAAGCUACGCUCAUUGGAGUGCGCGUGCUGGGAAGAGAGGCACCCUAAAACAACUCGUGAGUGCCAGUGAAAGAAAGCCGCGCGCUGCUUGCACCCAUACACUGACAGGGAGCGUUGGUUCGCUCACUCGUGCGGUCCCAGAAGAUGGUCUGAAACUCGGGCGCGUUUUUUUUUUCCGCCCAUCCCCUGUCAAGAGCUCGUGCCGAGAGCCACCAUGUUGACGAGGCUUUUCAGUGACCCCUCGCUGCUUCCCGAUGUGCAGAAAUACUCCAGCUGGGCGGAGGACAGCGAAGAAGAGGACGGAAAAGUUAAAGAUGAGGACCAAGAUACGCAGGACGGAAUGGACGAGUCUGAUAUGAUGGGAGACAGCAGGACGCACUCCGAGCACGCAGGAGAGGAUGAUGACGAAGACGACAUGGAGGAAGAUGAUGAUGGAGAGGAUACAGAGGGUGAUAGGCCCAAGAAGAGGGGCCCAAAGAAGCGCAAAAUGACCCCGGCCCGGAUGGAGAGAUCCAAGAUGCGGCGGACAAAGGCCAACGCACGGGAGCGGACCCGCAUGCAUGACCUAAACUCUGCGCUCGACAAUCUGCGUAAAGUGGUGCCCUGCUACUCCAAAACACAGAAACUCUCCAAAAUCGAGACUCUGAGGUUGGCCAAAAACUAUAUCUGGGCCCUUUCGGAGAUACUGCGCUCCGGAAAAAGGCCUGAUGUUGUGGCCUACGUCCAGACCCUUUGCAAGGGACUCUCCCAGCCCACGACUAACCUCGUAGCGGGAUGCCUGCAGCUGAACUCCCGUAACUUCCUAACCGAGCAGCAGUGUCAGGAAGGCGGGAGGUAUGGGUCCGGUUCCUUCUCGAUGCAUUCCUACCCCUACCAGUGCGCACGUCUCUCCAGCCCCCACUGCCAGCCGGGCUCGAACUCGCUCCCGCUGAGGACGCACGGCUACAACUCGGCCUACGACUCUCUGUACGGUGGGAGCGGAUCCCCGGAGUAUAACAGCCCCGAAUACGAGGGGCCUCUCAGCCCGCCUCUCUGCGUCAACGGGAACUUUUCCCUGAAGCACCAAGGCGCUGCGUCCCCCGACAACGAGAAGGGGUAUCACUACUCUAUGCAUUACUCCGGCCUGCCGGGCUCCAGAGCCAGCGGGGGCCACAACCUGGUGUUCGGUUCUUCUGGAUCCCGGAGCGGCAUUCACUCUGAAAACGUCCUGCCUUACCACGACAUGCACUUACACCACGAACGGGCCCCUGUGUACGACGAACUGAACGCGUUUUUUCACAAUUAGAGAACCAGAAGCCUGAUGUGCGUCUCUUGCAAUCAUCAAUGAAUCACGGCACCAUUUUGAAAAUUCGAAAUUAUGCAGAGACGUUUCACUCGUUGCCAUCAGUGUUUUCCUUUAAUUUAAUCCGUGUCAUUUUUUCGUUUUGCUAUAGUCAGCGAUGUAGUGGAGGGUAAUCCAUCAAAACAGUAUUCUCAACAAAUGUUCCCAGCUUUUUUUAGGGAGAAAUAAUCCUGUAAGAGAAAAUGUGAUAAGCAAAUCUUACCAACACCUACGAUGAAAAAAGAGUUUUAAACUAUCAGUGUUUUUAAAGUGUGAUAUGUGUUUGUAUCGGUGGUUAUUCGCAUUUUUAAGACCAGGAGUCAAAGUUUACCCACUUACUUAUUAACCACUACAUCACUGGCUGCAGCUCCACUUUGACAUUGGCGGAGGUUUUCUGAUAAUGUGAAAAAAAGAAUCAAUGAGCAAGCUAAAAAAAGAAAUCACAUAUUCUUAUUCUCUCCCUUGUAUGUGCGAGAUUUGGGAGGUUUAGUAAAUGAUGCAAUCUAAAGAAAUGCAGAGUGAAAGGCUGAGCUGAAAUGUGCUCGUUGGGUUGUUCUAGAAGAAUCUGUUCUCCGGCAAAUCAAUCGUUUCGCAUCUAUGCAAAACCCAACGAGAGAGAGAGAGAGAGAGAGCACAGCGCGAGGCAACAAGGCCCGAAAGACUUUCAUCAGCACUGUGGCUGCACGCACGGCUGCGCGCGCGCACACACACUUGCACACACACAUACACAUGCACACGCACACACUUUGGAAUUAACACCCAACGAAUCUGACAAUGCUGGGCUGCCAAAAUGGUUUAAUUUCCCCCAGAAAUCAUGAAAACAAAAUAAAAUCAGACAUUCUCAUGUUCCUUUUUUAAUUCUUAUUUAUUCAUCUUAUUCUAACUGAGCCACUGCACAGUACUUUGAGUUCAAAUGCAUUUUGGUUCAAUAUUUCGUUUUGAUUUGAAAUGUUGAAUAGUUAUAUCAUCAUCAUUAUUAUUAUUACCAUCAUCAUUAUUAUUAUUGCACGUAUUUAUUGUGUUGUUUUGUAAUUAAUGUUAAUAGUCAAUGGAAAUGAAGGGAUCCCAUGUGUUGCUGAGCAUUUUUUUUUCAUAUAAUUCAAGUCUUUCAACUUUGUAUUAAACCAACUGUGUGGUAAAAUAAAAAUGACAU